CUCUCCCCUACCUCUCUCUUUCUCUCUUCUCGAUUCUUUCUCGGACCACAGAGAGUGACACUGUGACAGGCUCUCACUCUCAUCACCAACUCUCUCUCUCUCUCUCUCUCUCUCUCUCUCUCUCUCUCUCUGUCCUCCUCCCUCAGUUUCAGGAAGAACGCAUAGCUAUCAACAGGGACUGAGAGUGCUUCUUAUCCUCAAUCCCACUUCAAUCCAAUCCCAUCUCUGUUCAAAGCUCCACUCACAUUCGCUCUCUCCACUAAUCCCUUCACCAAUCUCCGUUCAGUCUCUGCCAUCAUUACUGUCCCAGCAUUCCGGUGGAGUUGGAUCUUCUCCGGCCCCAUUAUAAGUAACUGAGGCUCCGCGGCUGCAGGUUCAGGGGAACCCAGAAAGAAAGGCAUUACAGGAUGGAGUCACAAGACGGGGAUUGGAGUUCUCUCAUAGAGAAAACUGCAGUGGAAGAAUACAUGCCUGAUUCAAAUCACGAAGAAACAAAGAACAUUAAUGUUGAUGAAGCACUGGCAAUGAAUGGAAUUUCUGAGAAAGCUGAAAAUUCCAAAGCCCCUAAUUCCUCUGGUCCUGCUAGCAAGGUCUUCAAACGUGAACCAGGUGCUGCGAACAGGAGACUUUCAAAGAACAAGCUCUCGAGGAAUAAAUCUGAUCUUAAAGGGACAACCCCUCAGGCCAAUAUCUGUAAGCCAGUUCUGUCCCAGAGCCUUUCCUUUCCAGCAAAAGGAAUUCGUGCUACUGGCAUGAGAGAGAGUGUUCCAAUAAAAGCUGAUUCCAAACAUGUUGGAGGGAGUGGCCCUACCAUUUCCAGUGGACCUGUUAGCAGACGCACAGCCACUCAACCGAACUCAAAGGAAGCUAAUCUUAAUGGGAACAAAAGUUCUUUCUCUCAAGCUUCCAUUGCAACCUCUACUAGCUCUCAACGUAGUUCGUCUGGGAAGAAGCUUAGUUCAACAAAUGCUGGAACCCAUGAUCCUCCUUGUGAGCUCUCCCCUUCACAGGAGGAUACCCAGAAAGCUUCAAAAACAGUGCACAGAUUUGAUGAAGUUGACGAUGCGCGAUCAACUGCCUCAAGCACUACUUCUCGUGGGCGGAGGAGCAGCAGUUCUGGCUUCGCCUUCAGGUUGGAUGAGCGGGCUGAGAAACGAAAGGAGUUCUUCUCUAAACUAGAAGAGAAGAUUCAAGCAAAAGAAGCAGAAAAGACUAACUUGCAGGCAAAAUCACAGGAAACUCAGGAGGCAGAAAUCAAGCAACUGAGGAAGAGCAUGGCCUUUAAAGCAACACCAAUGCCGAGCUUCUACAAGGAACCUCCCCCAAAGGUUGAGCUGAAGAAGAUACCAACGACAAGGGCAGUUUCUCCAAAGCUGGGGAGGAACAAGACACCUGUCGCUACAACAUCUACAGUUAGCAACCCUUCUGAAGGGAAAGCUAGCCCGAGACUAGACCGAGAAGAGGUCAAGUCCCCAAGAACACCCCAAAGAAAGGAACUGUCUUCCACAAAGAAGCCUGUCAAGAGGUCCCACUCUCGGCUUCAAUCCAAGGAAUCUUCCAACAGACAGCCUUCUAAAUCAGCCAAUGCUUCCAAAGGCUUAGAGAACCUGCAGGGUGAGAAAGAAAGCACCAAAGAAAUGGUAGAGUCUUUGGAGCAAUCCCCUGCCCUUAUCAGUUCUGAGCUUAACAUGGCAAGCCAGACACCCGCAGCAAAUCCAAUUGCCCAUGAGGAAGAAUCUGUGUUCCCUUCUGCUGCUGCUGCUGCUGAUAUCAUGCCCCCGGAAGUCGCUGUGGGAGGUUAGCUACAAGUUGUUUUGUGUGAUUUGUCUGGCGUUACAUAUUUACAUUAUCAUAUACAGUUUUAGAGAGAUUAGGGCUCUGAGAUAUGGAGAUUCUGUGGUGUUAAUAUUGCUGCUUCCAGUCAUUCUAUAUCAUUGUAACAGGUCAAAUAUAUCUUUCUUCCCAUUUUGUUCUGUUUCUAUGAGUCAUGUGGGCAAUUUUCAUGCGGAACAGCUUUCAGAAUUUGAUCAUCAUCACCUGUUCAUUUGUAAAUUUCGGUCAUUCUACAA